UAUUUCAAUCCACAAGCCCCACUUCAACAUCAUAUAUACUGAUUCUCCUUGUCCCUUGGCUCAGGAGCUAAAAAACAACAGAGCCAUCUCUCUCGCACAGCAAACACACUCUCUCUCCUCCUCGUUGCUGCAACAGAGAUGGGGAAAGGUCCAGGUCUCUACUUAGAUAUCGGCAAGAAAGCCAGAGAUCUUCUCUACAAGGACUACCAGACCGACCAUAAAUUCACCCUUACUACUUACACUGACACUGGAGUCGCCAUUACUUCAUCAGGAAUUAAGAAAGGGGAUCUAUUUUUGGCUGAUGUGAACACCCAGCUGAAGAACAAAAAUAUCACAACAGAUAUAAAAGUGGAUACAAAGUCUAAUGUUUAUACAACCAUAACCAUUGACGAAGCUGCACCUGGACUCAAGACAAUCUUAAGCUUUAUUGUUCCUGAUCAGAAGUCUGGCAAGGUGGAACUCCAGUACUUGCAUGAGUAUGCUGGAAUCAGUACUAGCAUUGGUAUGACUGCAACCCCCAUUGUCAACUUCUCUGGCGUGGCUGGGAACAGUUGUGUUAAACUUGGGACAGAUCUCUCAUUUGAUACUGGCUCUGGAAACGUCACCAAAUGUAACGCGGGUUUUAGUUUCUCAACUGCUGAUCUCAUCGCUUCAUUGACAUUGAAUGACAAAGGGGACACCCUUGCUGCUUCCUACUACCACACGGUUAGCCCAUUGACCAGUACAGCUGUUGGUGCAGAGCUGACUCAUAGCUUCUCAAGCAAUGAGAACACACUCACUAUUGGAACGCAGCACGCACUGGACCCGCUAACAAUGGUGAAGGCUCGGGUGAAUAACUUUGGCAAGGCAAGUGCUCUCAUCCAGCAUGAGUGGCGUCCGAAAUCCCUCUUUACCAUCUCGGGAGAAGUGGAUACCAUGGCUAUUGAAAAAAGUGCCAAGGUUGGACUGGCUUUGGCUCUCAAGCCAUGAAUUUAUUUAGUCAGGGAAGACCACUGGGCAUGAGGCAUGAGCAAAAGCCCAGCGUCGUUUUUUGUAUGUUGGAGAUAUGGUAGAGAGCAAUAACACAGUUGGAAAUGACCUAUACGCAGUUUCGUUUGUUUUCCGUACAACUUGUGAGUUGUGCCCUGUUCAUGCGGCAAUACUGGUUUUUUAUGCUUUGAUGGUUAUGGGCUGUAAAAAUAAUUCAAACUACUGUUAUAAACCGGCGUCAUCAUUUUCCUUGUUACAUUCUCCAUCUAUUCAUCCCAAUGUUAAUUGUACAUUUAACAGGCUGAGAGGAAACUCUCUGCAGUUAACUUCUUAACAUUAAGACUGAAAUUUGGCGUGAGCUAAGGAUUUGUUUGCUCAA